AUAUCUCUCUGUGGGAGUCAAACUCGAGUCUCGGUCAACAGACGUCGAAGCAUCACGAACUACCGCCGAUAACUCCGGCGGUCGCCGCCGAUGGACUCCUCUUCGUCCUCCGUCCCUGCGGCUGCGGAGGGGGCGCUUCCGGCGGGGGAGAAUCUGGCUGUGUUCUGGCACGAGGGCAUGCUGGCCCACGACGCCGGCCGCGGCGUGUUCGACUCGGGCCGCGACCCGGGCUUCCUCGACGUGCUCGACCACCACCCGGAGAACGCCGACCGCGUCCGCAACAUGGUAUCCAUCCUCCGCCGCGGGCCCAUCGCGCCCUUCCUCUCUUGGCACUCCGGCACCCCCGCCCACGCCAGCGACCUCCUCUCCUUCCACUCCCCAGAAUACAUUGAGGAGCUCGUGCAGGCGAAUGCCAGUGGACCCAAGAAGUUAUGUGAGGGUACUUUCUUGAACUCUGGUUCAUGGGGCGCUGCGCUUCUGGCUGCCGGAACAACCUUAUCAGCUGUGAGGCACAUACUAGACGGGCAUGGGAAGAUAGCCUACGCAUUGGUCCGCCCCCCUGGCCAUCACGCGCAGCCGGACCAUGCCGACGGUUACUGCUUUCUGAACAACGCCGGGCUUGCUGUGCAGCUGGCUCUGGAUUCUGGCCGCGCAAAGGUUGCCGUUGUUGACAUAGAUGUGCACUAUGGAAAUGGUACCGCAGAGGGCUUCUAUCGCACGGACAACGUGUUGGCAAUCUCUCUUCACAUGAAGCAUGGUACUUGGGGUCCUUCGCAUCUGCAGAGUGGCUCGGCUGAUGAGAUUGGGGAAGGCAAGGGGCUUGGGUACAAUCUCAAUAUACCUUUGCCUAAUGGCAGUGGGGAUAAAGGCUAUGAGUAUGCAAUGAAUGAAUUGGUUGUCCCGGCGAUUGACAAGUUUCAACCUCAGCUUUUGGUUUUUGUCAUUGGCCAAGAUUCUAGCAUGUUUGAUCCAAAUGGAAGACAGUGCUUGACCAUGGAUGGUUACAGGAAAAUUGGACAAAUAAUGAGGGGCGUGGCUAAUCGACAUAGCGAUGGGCAAAUGUUGAUUGUCCAGGAAGGGGGUUACCACAUCAGUUAUUCAGCAUAUUGUCUGCAUGCGACACUAGAAGGCGUUCUGAAUCUUGAGGCCCCAUUGCUGGACGACCCAAUCGCAUACUAUCCCGAGGAUGAGAAGUACACCAUGGAAGCUGUCGACGUCACGAAGAAACGCUGGAAAGAAUCCAUUCCCUUCUUGAAGGACAUUUAAGGACGCGUUACGUCUCUUCUUCGACGCAGCGGCAAACGACGAACCUCGGUCUCGAAUCAUGUCAUGGUUUGUAUUCUCGGAAUUAAAUCGCACUGUCAAGAAAAGAGUGACGCAGCUCAUGUAGAUGAGCAUUAAGAGUUUUUUUUUUCCUUUGUCGUUUAAGAGAAUGAAUGAAACCAGACAUUUUCUUGAGCAGUUUGUUGAACUGAGAAUAUGUUUGUUGCAUCCCGUCCGUUGGAUUAAUAAAGAGAGCAUAUAUAUCUGUUGC